AUGGAGUCUUCUUUUCAUAUCCGGCUGUUUCUUCUCGGGGUUCUUUUUCAUGAUGUUUCGAUAGCAGAUGGACAAACAGUUCAACUAUUGGGAGGUUUUUCUGAAAGUUCCGGUCGCGUGCAGGUGUUAUAUUCCGGACAGUGGGGGACUGUUUGUGACGACUACUGGGAUAACAAGGACGCCAAAGUGGUCUGUCGCAUGCUUGGAUACAGCCAUGGAUCUGCGUAUAAAUAUUCUGUAUUCGGAGAGGGGUCAGGUCUGAUCUGGAUGUCGGAUGUUGGGUGUACCGGGUCUGAAUCCAGCAUAUUUGAUUGUCCUUUUCCUGGCUGGGGUAAAUCGACAUGUACACAUAAAGACGAUGCUGGUGUAGUUUGCUUUAAUGACACAGAUCACACAGAGGUAGCCGUACGCCUAGUAGAGAGGGAAGGAUAUUACAACAGUUCAGGGCGUGUUGAAGUGUAUUAUGACGGACACUGGGGCUACAUUGGCCCUCGAAACUGGGACAACAAGGAUGCACAAGUUGUGUGUAGGACGCUUGGAUACAGCUUUGGCCACUCUGCAUCGACAUUUACAUUAUACCACGAAACUAACAACCGAAAGCAACCGACUUGGAUGGAUUAUGUGCAAUGUAACGGAUCAGAGAGCAGUAUAGCUGACUGCCCAUUUGGGGGAUGGGGAGAAUUUUCUUCGUACUAUAGUUCUAACUAUCAAUCAACUGUCUUUGUGGCUUGCACAACACAAAAAGAUGUGGCCGAGUUCGAUCUGAGGCUGAUGGAAGGAUUUUCUAACACUUCUGGCCGCGUAGAGGUAUUCUAUGAUGGACAGUGGGGAACAGUAUGUAGCAGUGGCUGGGGCUAUGGAGACGCACAAGUGGCCUGUCGGAUGCUAGGAUACAGUAAUACUGUAAACUACGGCACUGCAGGCUUUCCUCGUGGUACGGGAGUGGUGUGGAUGAAAUCACUUGGAUGUUCUGGGUCGGAAUCAACGUUAUACGAUUGUGACUUUGAUGGAUGGGGAUCCACCUGUUCGCACUCUUCUGAUGUUGGUGUAUUUUGUUUUAACGAUACAGACAAUUCUGAAGUGGCGGUACGUUUGGUGGAGGUAGAAGGAUACCACAACAGAUCUGGCAGAGUAGAAGUUUACCAUGCUGGUCUCUGGGGUUAUAUCGGGUAUUACAACUGGAACGAUAAAGAUGCUGAUGUUGUAUGCAGGAUGCUUGGAUACAAGACCGGGAAAGGAGACGGGAUUUACAAUUAUUUAGAUCGUAACAACGUACAACAUCCAACAUGGAUGAACAACGUCCGGUGUAAUGGCAAUGAAACUACUAUCGCCGACUGUCUAUUUGAAGGAUGGGGAUCAUCGUAUGUCAGUAGUUCAUUCCGAUCUGCUUUUGUGUCCUGCUUGAGUGAUAGUGAUGUGGCCGAGUUCGAUCUGAGGCUGAUGGAAGGAUUUUCUAACACUUCUGGCCGCGUGGAGGUAUUCUAUGAUGGACAGUGGGGAACAGUAUGUAGCAGUGGCUGGGGCUAUGGAGACGCACAAGUGGCCUGUCGGAUGCUAGGAUACAGUAAUACUGUAAACUACGGCACUGCAGGCUUUCCUCGUGGUACGGGAGUGGUGUGGAUGAAAUCACUUGGAUGUUCUGGGUCGGAAUCAACGUUAUACGAUUGUGACUUUGAUGGAUGGGGAUCCACCUGUUCGCACUCUUCUGAUGUUGGUGUAUUUUGUUUUAACGAUACAGACAAUUCUGAAGUGGCGGUACGUUUGGUGGAGGUAGAAGGAUACCACAACAGAUCUGGCAGAGUAGAAGUUUACCAUGCUGGUCUCUGGGGUUAUAUCGGGUAUUACAACUGGAACGAUAAAGAUGCUGAUGUUGUAUGCAGGAUGCUUGGAUACAAGACCGGGAAAGGAGACUGGAUUUACAAUUAUUUAGAUCGUAACAACGUACAACAUCCAACAUGGAUGAACAACGUCCGGUGUAAUGGCAAUGAAACUACUAUCGCCGACUGUCUAUUUGAAGGAUGGGGACCAUCGUAUGUCAGUAGUUCAUUCCGAUCUGCUUUUGUGUCCUGCUUGAGUGAUAGUGAUGUGGCCGAGUUCGAUCUGAGGCUGAUGGAAGGAUUUUCUAACACUUCUGGCCGCGUGGAGGUAUUCUAUGAUGGACAGUGGGGAACAGUAUGUAGCAGUGGCUGGGGCUAUGGAGACGCACAAGUGGCCUGUCGGAUGCUAGGAUACAGUAAUACUGUAAACUACGGCACUGCAGGCUUUCCUCGUGGUACGGGAGUGGUGUGGAUGAAAUCACUUGGAUGUUCUGGGUCGGAAUCAACGUUAUACGAUUGUGACUUUGAUGGAUGGGGAUCCACCUGUUCGCACUCUUCUGAUGUUGGUGUAUUUUGCUUUAACGAUACAGACAAUUCUGAAGUGGCGGUACGUUUGGUGGAGGUAGAAGGAUACCACAACAGAUCUGGCAGAGUAGAAGUUUACCAUGCUGGUCUCUGGGGUUAUAUCGGGUAUUACAACUGGAACGAUAAAGAUGCUGAUGUUGUAUGCAGGAUGCUUGGAUACAAGACCGGGAAAGGAGACUGGAUUUACAAUUAUUUAGAUCGUAACAACGUACAACAUCCAACAUGGAUGAACAACGUCCGGUGUAAUGGCAAUGAAACUACUAUCGCCGACUGUCUAUUUGAAGGAUGGGGAUCAUCGUAUGUCAGUAGUUCAUUCGGAUCUGCUUUUGUGUCCUGCUUGAGUGAUAGUGAUGUGGCCGAGUUCGAUCUGAGGCUGAUGGAAGGAUUUUCUAACACUUCUGGCCGCGUGGAGGUAUUCUAUGAUGGACAGUGGGGAACAGUAUGUAGCAGUGGCUGGGGCUAUGGAGACGCACAAGUGGCCUGUCGGAUGCUAGGAUACAGUAAUACUGUAAACUACGGCACUGCAGGCUUUCCUCGUGGUACGGGAGUGGUGUGGAUGAAAUCACUUGGAUGUUCUGGGUCGGAAUCAACGUUAUACGAUUGUGACUUUGAUGGAUGGGGAUCCACCUGUUCGCACUCUUCUGAUGUUGGUGUAUUUUGUUUUAACGAUACAGACAAUUCUGAAGUGGCGGUACGUUUGGUGGAGGUAGAAGGAUACCACAACAGAUCUGGCAGAGUAGAAGUUUACCAUGCUGGUCUCUGGGGUUAUAUCGGGUAUUACAACUGGAACGAUAAAGAUGCUGAUGUUGUAUGCAGGAUGCUUGGAUACAAGACCGGGAAAGGAGACUGGAUUUACAAUUAUUUAGAUCGUAACAACGUACAACAUCCAACAUGGAUGAACAACGUCCGGUGUAAUGGCAAUGAAACUACUAUCGCCGACUGUCUAUUUGAAGGAUGGGGAUCAUCGUAUGUCAGUAGUUCAUUCCGAUCUGCUUUUGUGUCCUGCUUGAGUGAUAGUGAUGUGGCCGAGUUCGAUCUGAGGCUGAUGGAAGGAUUUUCUAACACUUCUGGCCGCGUGGAGGUAUUCUAUGAUGGACAGUGGGGAACAGUAUGUAGCAGUGGCUGGGGCUAUGGAGACGCACAAGUGGCCUGUCGGAUGCUAGGAUACAGUAAUACUGUAAACUACGGCACUGCAGGCUUUCCUCGUGGUACGGGAGUGGUGUGGAUGAAAUCACUUGGAUGUUCUGGGUCGGAAUCAACGUUAUACGAUUGUGACUUUGAUGGAUGGGGAUCCACCUGUUCGCACUCUUCUGAUGUUGGUGUAUUUUGUUUUAACGAUACAGACAAUUCUGAAGUGGCGGUACGUUUGGUGGAGGUAGAAGGAUACCACAACAGAUCUGGCAGAGUUGAAGUUUACCAUGCUGGUCUCUGGGGUUAUAUCGGGUAUCAAAACUGGAACGAUAAAGAUGCUGAUGUUGCAUGCAGGAUGCUUGGAUACAGGACCGGGAAAGGAGACUGGAUUUAUUACGAUAUAGAUUAUAACAACGUACAACAUCCAACAUGGAUGCAAAACGUCCGAUGUAAUGGCAAUGAAACUACUAUCGCCGACUGUCUAUUUGAAGGAUGGGGAUCAUCGUAUAUCAGUAGUGCAUUCCGAUCUGCUUUUGUGUCCUGCUUGAGCGAUAGUGACAUCGAAGAACAUGCCGUUCGGUUGGUGGGAGGAUUUUCCAACAGCUCUGGUCGUGUGGAGGUGUUCUUUGCAGGAGAGUGGGGAGCUGUAUGUGACCGGUCCUGGGACAAUAAUGAUGCACAGGUUGUCUGUCGGAUGCUUGGGUUCAGGUAUGGGUCAGGUUAUCGAUAUGCUGUGUUUGGCAAGGGAAGUGGAAUUACAUGGAUGAGUGACGUCGGCUGUUCUGGCUCGGAGACCCAACUGUUGCAAUGUCCGUAUGAUGGAUUUGGGUCUACAUGUUCCCACUCCUACGAUGUUGGUGUUGUCUGCUUUAAUGACUCGGAUAUUUCAGACAUAAAAUUUCGCUUGGUGGAAGUGGAGGGAUAUAACAAGAGUUCUGGACGAAUUGAGGUUUUCUACGGGGGUUACUGGGGCUUCGUAGGAUCAUAUCAAUGGCAAGUGAACGAUGCCCAUGUUGCUUGCAGGAUGUUCGGAUACAGCACUGGUUCAGCGCAUAAUUACCUGUACCGAUUCGAGGGAACUGAACGUCCUAAGCCCACCUGGAUGGAUUCUGUAGAAUGUGUCGGAGUAGAAACAAGUUUGGCCCAAUGUGUCUUUGCUGGCUGGGGAGUGUACUCGGGAGCUGCAUCCUCUUAUCAGAACAGCGCGUUCGUGAAAUGCACAGGACUACUUGAAACAACCACGAUACCUAUAACCACAACAGCCCCGGUUACUACAACGACCCUUGGUCCCAGUUCCACAACCUAUAACACACAGAGUGAAAUUCGGUUGGUCAAUGGGUUUUCCAUCACCUCUGGUCGCGUGGAAGUGUUUCACGGUGAUCAGUGGGGAACUGUUUGCGAUGACGUAUGGGAUAGUGACGAUGCUAAAGUUGUCUGUAGGAUGCUUGGUUACAGUCACGGUUCUCCAUAUACACAUGCAGCGUUUGGACAAGGUACCGACCCAGUGUUAAUUCAAAAUGUUGAGUGUUCCGGUACUGAAUCAAAGCUGGAUGAAUGUCGUUUGAAUACCACGGGUUCCUCCUGUGACCACACUGAAGAUGUUGGUGUUGUUUGUUUUGAUUCUACAGGAUGCCUGGAAAGGGAGAAUUUCGGUGUGUUGUUUGUUCUAAGAGAACAAAACCUGGGGACAGGCGCUUCACUAAAGAAACUGGUGGUAAUAUCUCGUGACGCGAAAUACGACCUCUUCCUGCGAAAAGGGGUUUUAGUUCCGUUCGGAGCAAGAUGUUGUAGUCAUCAUAUCGAGGAUGGUCUAUUGCAAAAUGAUGCUUGUGAAAACAUUGCUAUAAAAAGUGACCUAUCUUCUCUUAAUCGUACUGAAAUAGUGGCAUUGAUUUCUAAGAUUAGAGAUGUAGCAAAUACACAGCAAAGCAAACGCAUUGACUUUGACUCACCGCAUGCCCUUUCGAAUGAAGAUUUCAUUACACUAACUGGACUAUGUACACAGCAUUUUAACGAUUUGUGUACUCACUGUGCUGGUUCUGUGCGAUCUUCAAAGAAUAGGAGCAUUAAAUCUUGUGUCGGCAUCUUUCUUACUAAACUAAAAAGUGGCAUGUCAAAUAAAGUCCUAUCAACAGUUUUUAACAUUGGAAAAGAUUCUAUUCGACGUGCAGUAACAUCGGCAAGAGUUGCACUAGCGAAAGACUUUGUUCCAUCAAAUUUGGGAUUUCAGCAUGUUAGUCGACAAGAUAUUAUACUGAAACACACAAGACCACUCGCCCAAACAUUGUUUGGAGGACUUAUGGAACCAGCCAUUCUUGUAAUUGAUGGCACCUACAUUUAUAUACAAAAGAGUGGCCAAUUUAUGUUCCAAAGGAGGAGUUACAGCAUGCAUAAGCACCGGCCGUUGGUAAAACCUAUGAUAUUUGUCACCACAACAGGUUACAUAGUGUCCGUGUUAGGUCCCUAUUUUGCCGAUUCCAAAAACAAUGAUGCCAGCAUCCUGAAUCAGAUUUUAAAUUCCAACAUUCAAGAAAUCAAGGAGUGGAUUCAGGAAAAUGAUGUGUUUGUGUUUGACAGAGGCUUUAGAGAUUCCAUGGACCUCCUACAACAGCUAGGAAUACAAACAGAGAUGCCUUCUUUUUCCAAGCAAAGGAAACAGCACACUACCGGAGAAAGCAACGCUUCCAGGCUUGUUACUAAAAUAAGAUGGGUCGUUGAGGCUGUGAAUGGACGGUUAAAAACCUGGAAAUAUUUGGAUCGUGUGUUGCCAAACUCACAGAUUCCAUACAUAGGCGAUAUUGUCAGGAUUGUGUGUGCAAUCUUCAACAAGUUCGAAGAAGACCUGCGGAAUUUGACACUGGGAGUGUAUCAGCUCAAACUGGCACGGUCCUACACACAGGAACAUAUGAGCGAAACGGGAGGAUAUGAAGUAUCUAUCUGUAAAGUAGAUGCUAAUCUGAUCAAUGCCAAGAUACAGAGCCGACAUUUUUCCUCAAAACUUUACCAAUUGUGGGUAUCAUUUGAUGAUUGUAAUGUGCAAGGAUGGUACUGUACAUGCCGUGCUGGGGCGAGGGUGGUUGGGACUUGCUCCCAUGUUGCAUCCAUCUUAUGGUAUAUGGGAUUUGCACGUCAUUUAGACAAGUCCUUUGACUUUAGUAAGGACUGGACACAAUAUUUACAAGAUGCCAGUUAUACACCAGACCCAAUCAGUAUUGAUGAGAGUGAUGAUGAAGAUACCACAUCUGUGGAGGUGAGACUUGUGGACAUGUCUGCUGAUGGACAGGGGCGGGUGGAAGUGUACUUCUCCGGGUACUGGGGGUACGUUGGGGGCUGGUACUGGGACGAUAAGGACGCCAGAGUGGCAUGUCGGAUGCUUGGAUACAAAGCGGGCAUUGCAAACACGGUGAGUCAUGAGUUUGGAUUGUACAACCGUCAGCAACCGACCUGGAUGGAUUUAUGCCAGUGCACAGGUACAGAAUUGACCAUUGUUGACUGUCCGUUUGGUGGCUUUGGGGUAUUUCGAGGAAGUAGUAGUCGCGACCAGUACACGGCAGCAGUUACCUGUGUGAAUAGUAAGUAGUCGUCAGGAUUCUUAAAUUUCAACUCUGUUAAAAUGUAUAGUCGUAAACGAAUCUGCAUUCUGCAAUGGAAUACAAUGAUUUUUUCGGGGUUUGAUAUCAUGGUUUAGAUGGAAUAACAGUUAAUGACACAUCUUAAUACCAACAUCGAGACCAAGAAUUUAAUGCACCGUUUGAACGUACCUUAUGAUUUUGCAAUGCAUU